AUGAGUGAAGUAUGGGAAUCAGGGGUUCAAUGUUGUUUGAUGAUGGGUCGUCUCAUCCGAGGGGGGGGCUGGGAUGGAUGGAUGGAUGGUUGGAUGGAUGUUGGUUUGAUGGCGGAGAUCUUUUCACUUAUACGGUUGUCUAGAUUCCGGUCUAAGUGCUUAUGGGCAAAUAUCGUCGCUAGUAGUAGACUUGUUUCUCUCUCAAUGAAGCCAAGUAUGGGCGCGUGA